AUGGCCUGGCUGGGGUAUGCUGGACAGGACACCCCAGAUGGAGGAAGGGGCCAUGCAGACCCAGAUGCCACAGUGGGAAACGCCAGCGCAGAGCCCCCCGGCACCGUGCCCUCCGAGCGGGGCUGUGCCUGGAGCCCCCCGGCUGAGAACGGCGAGGAGCCCCUGCGCCUGCCCACCUUCUCCCCUGCCGCCCAGGCACGCGUGGCCAUCACCUUCACCCUCUUUGCCCUCUCGGCCGGCUGCAACCUGGCUGUGCUGCGGGUGGCGGGGGGCCGGGGGGGCGGCCGGCGCCCCCACAUCCGCCUGCUGCUGCAGCACCUGGCUGCUGCCGACCUGCUGGUGACGGUGGCGGUGAUGCCGCUGGACGCCAUCUGGAACAUCACGCUGCAGUGGCGGGCGGGCGACCUGGCCUGCCGCCUGCUCAUGUACCUGCGGCUGCUGGCCAUGUACGCCUCCGCCUUCGUCACCGUGGUCAUCAGCCUGGACCGGCAGGCUGCCAUCCUGCGCCCGCUGGCCAUCGCCCGCGCCCGCGCCCGCAACCGCGCCAUGCUGCACGUCGCCUGGGUCCUCAGCGCGGGGCUGGCCGUGCCACAGCUGUUCCUGUUCCGCACAGUCACCCUGCGCCCCCCACACAACUUCACCCAGUGCACCACACGUGGCAGCUUCCCCCAGCCGUGGCACGAGACCCUCUACAACAUGGUGGGCUUUGCCUGCCUCUUCCUGCUGCCGCUGCUCAUCAUGGUCUGCUGCUACAUCCGCAUCCUGCUCGAGAUCUCCCGCCGGAUGGGCUCCGGCCUUUUCUCCUCGCGAGACGCGUCACUGCGGUGCUCCAGGAACAACAUCCCACGGGCCCGGCUGCGGAUGCUGCGGAUGAGCCUGGUCAUCGUCUCCUCCUUCAUCCUCUGCUGGACACCCUACUACCUGCUGGGGCUCUGGCACUGGUUCUGUCCCCACGCUGUGGAGAAAAGGGUCUCAUCUGCCCUCACACACAUCCUUUUCAUCUUUGGCCUCUUCAACGCGUGCCUGGACCCCAUCACCUACGGGCUCUUCACCAUCCCCCUCCGGGGAGGCUGGGGCUGUCCCUGCAGGCACAGCCCCCCAGCCCAGCCCCCCUCUCCAGCCACUGGCUCCUUCCAUUGCUCAGCCUCCUCCUUGCCAUCCAAGCGGGGAGUCCCAGGGGCGCGGGGGUCCCGGGGGGCCACCGGGGAUGCCCCCUGCCACAGCAGCUCCCUGUGA